AUGCCUGACCAGAUCACAGGGUCCGCAGAGAACCAGAAGAGCAAAACAGACCGCAGGCGGCCGCCAGGAAACAGCUCCACACAGGAGGAAGUGCCUGCGUGCCAGAACCAGAAAGUGCCCCCGUGCCAGAACCAGGAAGAGACUGUGUGCCAGGACCAGGAAGCGACCACAUGGCAGGACCAGGAAGUGACCACAUGGCAGGACCAGGAAGUGACCUCCUGUGGCUCCUGCGGGGGCUGCAAAGGGGGCUGUGGCUCCUGCGGGGGCUGCAAGGGAGGCUGUGGCUCCUGUGGGGGCUGCAAGUCCAGCUGUUGCAAACCCUGCUGCUGUCAGUCCGGCUGUUGCAAACCCUGCUGCUGCCAGUCCAGCUGUUGCAAGCCCUGCUGCUGUGAGUCCUGCUGUUGCAAGCCCUGCUGCUGUGAGUCCUGCUGUUGCAAGCCCUGCUGCUGUGAGUCCAGCUGUUGCAAGCCCUGCUGCUGCCAGUCCUGCUGCUGCAAACCCUGCUGCUGUCAGUCCAGCUGUUGCAAGCCCUGCUGCUGUGAGUCCGGCUGUUGCAAACCCUGCUGCUGUCAGUCCAGCUGUUGCAAGCCCUGCUGCUGUCAGUCCGGCUGUUGCAAGCCCUGCUGCUGCCAGUCCAGCUGUUGCAAACCCUGCUGCUGUCAGUCCAGCUGUUGCAAGCCCUGCUGCUGCCAGUCCAGCUGUUGCAAGCCCUGCUGCUGUCAGUCCAGCUGUUGCAAACCCUGCUGCUGUCAGUCCGGCUGUUGCAAACCCUGCUGCUGUGAGUCCUGCUGUUGCAAGCCCUGCUGCUGUGAGUCCUGCUGUUGCUAA